UGGGAGCGCUGCGCAGAGGAAGGAACCUCCUGGAAUCCCCUCCAGCUUCCAGCCUCCCGCAGCACCUCGUUGCGUGCUGUGCGGUGGGAGCCCGUGGGCCCCCAGGGGCGCCGCGGGGCGAGCAGCGCGGGCUGCGCAGCCACUGCGUGGCCGAGCGGUAACGGUUCCGAGGGGGCAGGAACAGAACCUUCAGCUUGGCAGCUCUCCAGGAACUCCACUAUCUCGCCCUCGGGGAAAUGCCUCAGCUGAAGUACCUCUAGCUCCAACUUUGUCAGAGAAGACCUGUUGCUUUGGAGUUACUCACAGCAGCUCUGUCGCUACUGGCUCAUCCAUCUGCUUCAGGACAAUGUUUGCCGUCCACUUGCUAGCUUUCCAUUUCGCAAAGCUAAAAGAGGAUCAAAUCAAAAAGGUUGACAGGUACCUGUACCACCUGCGUCUCUCUGACGACGUCCUGCUGGAUGUGAUGACUCGCUUCCAGGCCGAGAUGGUGAGGGGCCUGGGGAGAGACACGAACCCCACGGCAACAGUGAAAAUGCUGCCGACGUUUGUGCGUUCGCUUCCCGACGGCUCGGAGAAGGGUGAAUUCCUGGCUGCUGACCUGGGUGGCUCCCAGUUCCGUGCCCACCAGGUGAAGGUGUCUGAUGACGGGAAGCAGAGCAGCCAGCUGGAGAGCAAGUUUUACCCCCCGCCCAAGGAGGUCAUCCAGGGGAACAGAGCCGAGCUCUUUGAUUAUGUUGCUCACUGUCUGUUAGACUUCAUGGAGACCAACAACCUGAAGCAUAAGAAGUUACCUCUUGGUUUUACAUUUUCUUUUCCAUGCAAACAGACCAAAUUAGAUGAGGGAGUCCUUCUUGGCUGGACGAAACACUUCAAGGUCCGAGGGGUUCAGGACACGGACGUGGUCAGCUGUCUGCGCAAGGCCCUCCAGAAGCAUAAGGACAUAGACGUCGAUGUUUUAGCGCUGGUCAACGACACCGUGGGAACCAUGAUGACCUGUGGAUAUGACGACCCGCGCUGCGAAGUUGGACUCAUAGUUGGCACCGGCACCAACGCCUGCUACAUGGAGGAGAUGCGGCACAUCGACCUGGUGGAAGGGGACGAGGGCAGGAUGUGCAUUAACACGGAGUGGGGGGCCUUUGGAGAUGACGGUGCUUUGGACGACCUCCGCACAGAAUUUGAUCGGGAGCUGGAUCUGGGAUCUCUCAAUCCUGGGAAACAGCUGUUUGAGAAGAUGAUCAGCAGCUUGUAUUUGGGGGAGCUUGUAAGACUUAUUCUCCUAAAAAUGACGAAGGAAGGUCUGCUCUUCAAUGGGAAAGUGUCAACAGCUCUGCUCACGAAGGGCAAGAUUGAAAUGAAACACGUGUCUGCAAUGGAGAAAUACAAGGAAGGUCUGAGCAACACGAAAGAGAUCCUUACAGAGCUGAACCUGUGUCCCUCUGAAGAGGACUGCGUUGCCGUUCAGCACGUCUGCACCAUCGUUUCCUUCCGCUCAGCCAACCUCUGCGCGGCCGCCUUGGCAGCCAUACUGACUCGGCUGAGAGAGAAUAAAAAGCUGCUGAGGAUGCGAACCACUGUUGGGAUUGAUGGAGGGCUCUAUAAAACCCACCCUCAAUAUGCCAAGCGCCUGCACAAGGUGGUGAGGAGGCUGGUCCCAAACUGCGACGUUCGGUUCCUCCUCUCCGUGAGUGGCAGCGGGAAGGGGGCUGCCAUGGUCACGGCCGUGGCGUACAGGCUGGCCGCCCAGCGCAGGAAAAUCGACGCUGCUCUCGCACCGUUCCUGCUGUCCCUGGACACCCUCAGAGAAGUUAAGAGCAAAAUGAGGACCGAGCUGGAAUACGGGCUGAAGCGAGAGACGCAAGCCAGUGCCACAGUGAAGAUGUUGCCCACGUAUGUCUGUGGGACACCAGAUGGAACAGAGAAAGGAAAAUUCCUUGCCCUUGAUCUCGGUGGGACAAAUUUUAGGGUUCUGCUGGUCAAAAUCAGAAGCGGGAGAAGAAGAUCAGUGCAAAUGUAUAACAAGAUCUUUGCCAUUCCUCUGGAGAUCAUGCAAGGGACGGGGGAAGAGCUCUUUGACCAUAUUGUGCAGUGCAUAGCAGACUUUCUGGAGUAUAUGGGGAUUAAAGGUGCUCGACUGCCUCUGGGCUUCACCUUCUCCUUCCCGUGCAGGCAAGCCAGCAUUGACAAGGGAACGCUUGUAGGAUGGACAAAAGGUUUCAAGGCAACAGACUGUGAGGGGGAAGAUGUUGUUGAUAUGCUGAGAGAAGCCAUCAGGAGAAGAAACGAGUUUGACUUGGACAUUGUAGCGGUGGUGAAUGACACCGUUGGGACAAUGAUGACUUGCGGAUAUGAGGAUCCAAACUGUGAGAUUGGUCUUAUCGCGGGAACGGGCAGCAAUGUGUGCUACAUGGAGGACAUGAAAAACAUAGAAAUAGUAGAAGGGAAUGAAGGGAAAAUGUGCAUUAACACGGAAUGGGGAGGAUUUGGUGACAACGGCUGCAUCGACAACAUCAGAACGAAAUAUGAUAAAGAAGUGGAUGAAGGCUCACUAAACCCAGGAAAACAGAGGUAUGAAAAGAUGACCAGUGGAAUGUACCUGGGUGAAAUAGUACGGCAGAUUUUGAUCGACUUAACCAAACAAGGCCUGCUGUUCAGAGGACAGAUUUCGGAGUCACUCAGGAAAAGAGGCAUAUUCGAAACAAAAUUCCUGUCUCAGAUUGAGAGCGACCGGCUGGCUCUCCUGCAGGUCCGGCGCAUCCUGCAGCAGCUCGGCCUGGAUGGCACGUGCGACGACAGCAUCAUUGUGAAAGAGGUGUGCGGAGCAGUCUCAAAAAGAGCCGCCCAGCUCUGCGGGGCAGGACUGGCAGCUAUUGUAGAGAAGAAGAGAGAAAACAGAGGCGUGGAGCGCUUGCAAAUCACCGUUGGAGUAGAUGGGACUCUGUACAAGCUCCAUCCGCAUUUUUCUAGGGUCCUGCGGGAAACCGUGAAGGAGCUGGCGCCUCAGUGCGACGUGACUUUCAUGCUCUCUGAAGAUGGAAGUGGGAAGGGCGCUGCCCUCAUCACUGCAGUGGCAAAAAGGUUGCAUAAUAUUGGACAGAAGUGAAGAUAAGAGGUCAGGUCGUUUCAGCACCGCCAGCCGUGUGCACAGAGACUUGCUGAGAGGCGAUCCCAGGCAGCCUCGCGGGACGCCGUACAGAGGACUCUGUUUCUAGGGGCAGCUGGUUUUUGACCAACCAGGAUUGUGCGUUUUUGUCUUUUGAUAACUUUUGAUACCUGGGAGAAUGAAAACAAACCAACCAACCAACCCCAAAUGUGUGUUUUUACAAUGGCUUAAUUAAGCUGCAGCACCACAACUGAAUUUAUCAGCAGUUUCUUAGGAUUUGUGUGUGUUUUAGUUUCAGCUUGGCCUGGCCUGAGGAAUAUUGAGAUCCUGCUGUUGCGCGUGUCUAGUGGACAUGUUUGUUCUGUGCUUCGCUGGGUUUGCAAUAAAUCUGCAAGUAAAAUAAA